UGCAUAACGCAUAUGGUCACACUACAAAUAAGAUUCAAGCUUUCACACACCCAAAUUUCAUUAAUAAAUAAAGGGAAAUGAGCCGCAAACACGUUACAACGGAUCCUAAUCAUCAUCAGGAUCAUCAAGCAGUCAAUGAAGCGCAGCGGCUUAUUAACCCAUUCAUUUCCACUGCAGAUACUCCACAUCCAGACAAAGAAAUACAACAACAGCUGCAAUAUCAAGAACAGCAACUCAACAGUAAGAACAGCAUAAUAGAGAAACAAAAAUUGAAGAUUUUACAGUUACAAAUUGAAAAGAAGGAUCUGCUAGAGCUGUUACGCAUCAAACAUGACAGACUCAAUAAAUAUUGCGAGGAACACAUUGCUGAUCAAGUGGAAUGUUGUCAGCUUCAUUUAAAGAAGUAUACCUUAGAUGUCAUUCAACUAGAUCGGAAUACGGAUUCGGGAAGUGGCAUAACAAAGCAAAAAGAAAAUAGCCGCAUCAAUAUGACACAAAAGUUUGAAACUGAAAUGGAAAACUACUACAAAUAGAUCUGCUUAAAAAUGGUUUCUUGUAAUACUUGGAUUUAAACAUACUUUUGUACAAAUUAUAUGUGAUAUUUGUGUAGCACAAAAUACAUUUAAAUCGAAAAACUUGUAGAGUUGAAGUCAGAGUGGGGCCGAAAAGUUGUUAUUUUAGCUCAGGAAUACGUCAGACUGGAAGAGAUUUCGUACUGUGCACUUCUAGCUAUGCUCUUGCUAGCUCGCCGGCUUGUGUCGGGGUUCUUUCUACUCUCUCUUUCUCUCUGCUUGGUUUCCCACUCUCACUGACUCACAUAAAUAAUAAGUGCACAUUUGAUUGUUUAAUAAAACCAGGAUAAAUUUAACUAAAGAAAUAUCUAUGUGUACUAGAAGAGCACCAUAGAAUCCGACCUUAGAUGCCGAUCCUCACCAAUGCACUCCCUCGAACCAUUUACGAUGGCUUGUUGAUGUUUAUUGUGCGACUCAGGUGGCAGUGCGCCCACGAUUCUAUACCCACCCUACCUUUGCGCGAAGACUUAUCGCGCCCUCUUUAUGGGACUAGUGCUAACUCAUACUAUUACCAGCCAUACCCUACCAAGCUACGAUCAACGAAAUUUAGAACAUGUUAAUAGAUUUAAAUUUUAGGGGCUUAUUUAAU